GACAUGUCGUGCGGACUCUGAGAGAAUGUAGGGCGGGAAAGGGGGGAAUUUGGCAAGGCAGGAGAUCCGCGGAGCAGGGGAGUUUGGAUCGACUGACUGAGUGGAUGCUUUCAGCGAACGAGAUCCAUCUGGAAAUGCUAAUGAAGCCCUCGAAAGCAUAGGUGGACAGCAGAUCAUCCCCAACAAUAAUGUUCAUUUCAAAACACAGUCCAGUGCACAGGCUCUCAGUGGCGGCACUCGGAGCGGUAGUUGCCGUAUCCGUGCGAGUUGAUCAACCCGGCGAACUCCAUGUACGACGUGCGCCUGUCCUCAGACUCUCGGCCGAGGGGGAGGUGCCCUGCAGGAAAGCGAUGCGUGAGACGAGCAAGCAUCCGAGGACCGAAGCACGCACAGUACGAGUGGUCCCUGACCCGAGAGUCAAAGCCCAAGCGCACAAAGCCAUCCGCCACGAAGCCUACACGACCACGGGACUGCUGGUAGCAAGUGGUGGUCUCAACCUUGAGUGCUGUUCAGAACAUCACGAAAUCAGAGGCAGGGAAAGCCGCGGCUGACAAUCAUGCUGCAGUAGUCCCCCGGCUCUGAGCGGACAUCGACGGCGCGAGUGCUCUCCUUGCUGAUGGUCUUCUCGAUGCUAGAGAAAGUUAGCACAAGGACAAGCAUUGGAGAAAGCUGCAGGAC